AUGUGUUGGGGGUUUGUGGUACGACCAUCCAAAAUCGUAAAAAAUAAUGUUGUUAUGAAAUAUUUCAUUUUAACAGGGCAGCCCCAUGUUGAACUAACAGCAGACUUUGAAAUGAAAGAACAAAUUUCAUCAUUCUCAUUCUUCUUUUCAAAUGAAUUUUCGAAUCAUCUUGGACCAUUUUCAUGUAUUUUUGAUAAUGGCACAGAAAAAAAUAUUGCAUAUGUUUUAGAACAUAGACCAUUUGAAGAAGGAAAUAAAAAGGAAUUUGAGGUAUUAUUGCAUGGUUCUCAUAAAGGAAAAAUUGUAUGUAAUUUUGAUAUAGUUGGUGAACUACAUGGAAUAGGAGUUAAAUCUAAUAUUAAUGAUCCUGAUUUAAUGCAGUUUCGAGGAAUAAUUAUGCCUCAGUUAUAUAACCAAGCAAAAGAGGUUAAUACAUAUAUUUAUUUAUUAAAAAGGGAUAUUGUUGAUAUCCAUUGUGUUGUAAACCCAAAAAUUGAUUUAACUCAAGUACAUUUCCAUUUAACUAACCCAACCUCAAAAACAGAAAUUCCUUUUCAAAUUAAGUAUUUUACAAAUACCACAACAAUAGAAGUUGAACGAAUUAUUGAACAUGACUAUAUUCAAUUUACUUCAAACUCUCAUCUAGUCUCAUUGAGAAAAGAAAUAGAUUUCAUCAAUAUCUCUAACUUAGGUACACCUUUAUAUGAAUUUAUUCUAAAUGAAGUUCAAGCAAGUCCCCAUAGCGUUUAUGAUUUCUUUCUUCGUUUACCCUUAUCAAUUUCAUCUUUUCAUUUUUAUGACUCCUCAGGAAAUAUUUCUACCUCUUCAUCCUUUUGCUCUUCUUAUACCUGUACAUAUAAUCUCAUAGGAAGAUAUCCUUUGUUAGGUAAUUGGAAAGAAUCUUUCUCUAUUUCUUAUGAACAAUUAAUUCCAUUUAAUUCAAAAUUUGUUUUUCCUAUAAACCUAGCUUUAGAAUCAAUUUCUGUUCGUAAUUAUGAUAUUCAUAUUCACUUUCCUAAUGGUAUGAAAAUAAGAAAGGUAAAAUGUAGCGUUUAUAAUCUCUGUGAUCAUUUCAAAUAUACUGUGCCAUUCUUAAAUUAUUGGACUUUUGACAAUACUGUCUUUCAUUUCAAAAAUCUUGACAUUACUUCAUUUCACCAAACAGUUUGGUUUGAGUAUGCAUUAGUGAAAGAAAAUUAUGGAUAUUGGAACGAAACGAAUGGAGAGAUUGGAUUUAUGAUAAGCUCAUUAACAGAAAAAAUGAUUAAUUUUAUUAUGGACUCACUUGUAAUAAGUGUAUGCAAAGCGCUAGAUGAUUGUAUGUGCCAAUCCUCAUCCCCAAUACUUUCAUUUAUUCAAACUCCUCUUGGAUGUGAAAUUAUUAUUGAAGAUAAAGGUUCAAAUAAAAAACAAUGCGUCCAUACUACCUUAUCAAAGAAUUCAAUAGAACCAACGAUCAAAGAGAUUGCAACUCGCUAUUUAAAAUUACAACUACUCUCAUUGCAUAUGGAUGACCUCACAAAAAAAGAAUUUAUUUCUAGUAUAUUUGAAAUUGAUGCAAGUUAUUCAUCAACAAUAAAUUCAACCACUGUCCAUAUAUUCACUACCUGUCAGUCCCUUCCGUUGAAUCUCUUUUUGUUUGUAAAUAAGAAACCAAUUAUUGACAUGGACGUCAUAAAUAAAAUUAUCACUCAAAUUAUAUCAACACCAAUAGAACCUCUUGUAUUUUAUGAUAACCAAUUUAUUUCUCAAUGCUCAGUACAUCCAAUUAGUGCAAUUAUUAUUGACUGCAUAACUCUUAAAUUUGAGGACAUUCAAAAUUGCUUCCAGAAUACUUUUAAAGAACUUAUUCACCAUAGACAGAUUGACUCUACAUUAACAGAAAAACUUACAUUAUCAAUAUCACAAAUAAUACAAUCAAGUCCAAAUAAUUCAUUUAGUUAUGAGUGCAGUCUUUUGUUAGGAAAAAAUCCCACCUUAAAUUUAAAAGCACUUAUUAAUGGAGCAUUGUAUGAUGGUUAUACUAAAUAA